AGUAGUUUCACUGAAUCUAAAGCCUUCGAUGCGUUUCGAAGACGGCCAAUCAAGUCGUGGCUAAGGAAGUUGAUUGUAGUCCAGAAUCAUCAACAUCAGCAUAGACGUCGCCGCCUGUAAUCGGUGUACGUUGAUUCAGUCGUGCGAAAAUUAAUCAAAGCGGAUACUUGAUGCCAAAGCCCCAACGUUGUUUCACCCAGCCUGUGAAGUUCUGUUUUCUAUAUUUGACUGUACAAUGAGAACACCUCGAAGUUUAAUUUCUACGCAAGUUCGAGGUACAAGAUCGGACGUAGAAUUUAAUGUCUAUGUGGCGGCACAGCCUGAAUUCUCACCUUUCUUGCUUCGUACUACCACGUACUUGCAAGUCUUGUUCUGCUCGACUACACUCUUGUUUCGUCGCGCCCGCCCUCCACUCCCUUCUUUAGCAGCUAACGUCUCGUCUUAAAUUCAAUAAGAAUGUGUUGCAUUCGUUGGUAAAUCUACUCGACGCAUCAUUUCCGACUCUGGCAGAAUCAUUAGAUUCUGGAUCGUGAGCUGCCGUGGCCCGCCCGCCCACACGGCUCAUCCUGGACUUUCUCGACAGGUUUGAAACGAUGUUUCAGGUUUUGAGCCCAAGUAGCUUCACCGCGCCCGUUGUUACUAUUUGUACAAAUCAGAUGACAUUGCUGAUCAAUACAUCUGAUUUCUUUGCUACACAUAGACAGCGGCACAAGAAAGGAAUGCUCUCAGGAAUUCACAGGAUGAAGUCUAAUAUUUGGGGUCCAGAAAACACUAAGGUAGCAC